UAGUUCAUAAUAUUCCCAUUUAAGUGACCCUUAUAUUUACAAUUACUAUCUUUAUAUAAAGAUUUACUGUUAUUUAAGAAUACGUAUGUGAGGCUCUAUCUGGAGGUAUGCUUGAAGUAAAUAAGAAUUUUCUUUACACAGAUACUUUGAGAAUAACACAGAUUCAAAUGUACAAGACUACAAAAUUAUAUUACUCCACAUGAAACAGGCUCGAGAAAGAAUUCAAGAAUUUGAACGUUUACAAAAAGCGCGACAUCUUCUGGAUGCUAUUUCAUUACUAAACGAUUUGCUUGCUGAUGGAUCCGAAAUAGAAAUACUAUCACUUGCUGAAAUAAUAGUGAAAAGAUUAAAAAAGUUGGGUGUGACAAAUAUAAUGGCAGACAAGGAAAACGAAAAUUGGUAUAAAAAUACGAGAUUAUCAGCUUCGAGGCUUACACAUAACGGUAUUUAUCACUGUUGUACAUUUUGUUCCAGUGGAGGAAAAAAGGAAAUUAUUUGUGGCUGUAGAGGCACUAUGCCUGGUGGGUACAAAGGUUGUGGUCAUGGACAUAUUGGACAUCCAGGUUUUAAUCAUUGGUCUUGCUGUGGAUCUAUAUUACGUAAUGGACAUUGUUUAAUUAUACGAAAAACUAUGCAUCAACUUGUAUUGUAAGUCUUAAUAAAUUAAUAAAUAUAUCUCUCUUUGUUUAUAAAUUUAAU